UGUUUUCCUGACAGACAGGUUGUGGAGUCUGACUCCAAGGACGAGUGAGUGACUUGUGGAAGUUUACACGAGCUGCUCCUCGCAGGCCUGGCGGCUGAUUGGAUGGGCGUCGUCAUGGAGACGACAGGCCACGUAGGGGAGGGGAGGGGGGCGCGCGCGGGGGAAAGUUCAGCCGGAACAGAGACCCCGAACCAGACGCGUCCAUGACGCACAGCAGAGCGCCCGGCGCGUCGACGCGAUGCGUUCCACGUGAGCUCCCGCGGCCCGCGCAGUCCCGUCUGUGAGCGCGUCCUCCGGCGCAGGAUGAUGGAGAGCUGCUGGCGGCGCCUGGUCGGGCUGCUGCUCCUGCUCCGCCUCAGCACCGUCCGCUGCUCGGCCGUCGAGACCGUGAACGUGGUGGACUUCUGCGGCCAGAUGAUCCGAGGCGACGGCAUGAUCGUCAACUCGCACCAGGAAUCCAAGAAGUACUACUUUGUGACGAUGGGCACCGACUGCCACCUCACCAUGCAGGCCAUCUCUCCCAAGGACAAAGUCCAGUUCCACUUCCGCUUCUUCCUGGUCUACAGUUUGCUGCGGGUGGCCCCUCUGAGCCCGGCCCCCCUCUUCCCCGAGUCCCCUCGCGACCCCGCCGCGCUCAACCCCCGACUGGAGCCCACGUCCGGAGAAAGCGCAGGUGACCCAUGUCAUGCUGGUUCGUACGUUCAGUUCUACGAUGGGCGGGACAGGAGCUCGCCUCCUCUCGGCCCUCCUCUCUGCGGGAAGAGCCUGCCCCGGCCCGUGCUGUCCACGGGAAACUACCUGACCCUCAGGCUGGUGACCCGGGGGACUCAGCCCAGAGUGGACUUUGUGGGGGACUUCACCUCCUUCCGACUGGGUUUCAACCAGUCCGAGUGCAGCAGCGAGCCCUACUUCACCUGCAGGAAUGGGAAGUGUAUCCCUCUCAGCCUGGUGUGUGAUGAUAAAGGCAUCGACAACUGUGGGGAUGGAAGCGACCUGGAAGAAAACCUGACCACUGGCUGCAAAGGUCAGCUUCUACCUCCGGAACCCCAACCAGCGAUAGCCACCCCGCCCCCACCUUUUGUGAGCCCACCCACGGUGCCACUUCCACCCCAUAUGAACUGUGGCAUGCCAGACAACGCUCCCAGCCACGAGUCAGCAACAGACUCUCCUGCCUCCCCGUCUCUGCUGGUUCUCUACAUCAUCCUGGCUGUGGUGGCGGGCGGCGUGGUGCUGUGCUGGUGCUGCUGGUCGCCCGGCUGGUUCCUGUGGCGCGUCAGCAUCUGUCGCUUCCUACCCUGCUGCAACUCGGCCUGCGCCUCCUGCCAGCUGUGUACCCGCAGCUGCAUCCACAGCAAGGAGCACCGGCUGGCGAAAGUCACGCCGCACACACCCGCGAACGGCAUCCCGACGGGCACGGCAGCCACCGACAACGGUGCCGAUGAGAACGUCAACAUGGCGGCUGUUUAGAGCGGAGGAGGCCGUGGAACUGAUACAAAAGACGUGGAUACAGUGACGCUGAGCUUUGGUCAGUGGUGAACAUGAACAGCUGCCGCACGAGGCAGUUUCACAUGACCGUGAAUCCUUUUUAAGUGCCGAACCAACGUGGUCCGGUGCACCACGCUGGAAGGAGCAGAGCUCAAGGGAAUUGGUUGUCCUGUGGCUUGUGUGCUUUCAAUGUGACGACGCAGGUGAUGAGACUUGUGUUUCCGUUGUUAAAGGAAGGUAGAGCAGGGUACAGUGUGACUAUGGAUUGUAUGAUUGAUGAAUGUAUCCGACAGGAAAGGAUUAAGGGAAUCAUUUAAAGACCAUCUCCAGUCACGUUUUAAAGAAUACAAAAAUAAUCGUCUAUUUUGUAUAAAAUUGUUUACCCCCCCAAAUUUUUUUAAAUCCUCUGAAAUGGGGCUGGAAACCAUCCACUCUCUGUCCCUCAUUGAGGAAUUCUGAGACUAUCAAUAUUCAUGAUAUGCAAACAACACAGGCCCCGCCCCCCACAGCUGCUCGCUGCUAGGUUGACCGGUGGAAGAAUGUGCGCAACAAGAUGGCUAGAGACGACAUCGGCGAGAUUCAGCCAUCAAACUUUCGCGAGUUGCUAAUGCUAAAGCUAACUGUCUGCUGACACACCUGCCAUCCUCUCGUGGAUGCUAACUGCUAACGCUAACUGUCUGCUAACACAGCUGCUGUCCUCUUGUGGCUGCUAACUGCUAAUGCUAACGCUUACUGUCUGCUGACACACCUGUCGUCCUCUCGUGGAAGUUUCCGGUUUC